AUGGAGAGCCCGUCUGUGGCAGCGACUCUGUCUCAGGAGGUGCUGGCGGCAGUAUCGGCAGCCGAGUCCGAGGCAACGGUGCGGGCAGAGGCAGCCGUGGCUACCGCGCAGGCGGCGGUGCGGGAGGAGGCGCUGGCGCUCAUCAACGGGGCGCGUGAGGAGAUGGACUCGCGCUUUGCCCGCCUUAUCAAGCGGGUCGACGAGCUUAUGGAGGGUGCCGGUCAGCAGACUACCAAGUCGCUGCGUCGUGCGCUCCGCGGCGGCAAGGCCGAGCUGGGCUCAGGUGUCGACGGGCCGCGCAAGGGCGAGAGCCGAAGCAAGGGCGGGCGUGGGAGAACCGGCGGCAGCGAUGGCGGCUUCAAGUGGGUCUUCACGCCCUGCAAGUCCAAGCUGACGCAGAUGCUUGCUAUCCGCGACUACGCCACCAUCCACAAUCUCUUUGUGACGGUCAUCAUCAUGGCCGGGCUGAACAUCUUCAUCCAGGACUUUUUCGAGUCAGGCACCCUCUUUGUCGACCUCUCGCUCAUCUGGUGGUGCUUUGGCCAGUUUGAUACGGUCAUUCUCAUGUGGUUUGUCCUUUUUGGGGCCUCGUAUGCCAUUCUCCCCAUCGCGUACGUGUGCCACUGCUCGAUGUCGCGCGCGCUGCGGUGUGCGGCGGUGUGCGCGUACGCGGUGUACCAGCUCGGCCUCUACGCGGCGGCUGGGUAUGCGGUACGGCGGUUGGAGCUGCCGCCGGCAUCAGGCCUGGCAUUUAUGCUGGAGCAGACGCGGAUCUCGAUGAAGAUCCACUCGUAUCUCCGCGAGUCGUACCCUGCGGACUCGGACGACUACCCGCACUCCACGGUGGCGGCCGGCACGCUCCUCGCCGCCGAGCCUGUGGCCUUUGACGGAUGGACGCUCGGCAAUGAGGUCGAAGCGUACACAUACUUUAUGUUUGCGCCGACCUUUCUCUACCGGCGAUCGUAUCCGCGGACGUAUCGCACGCGCUAUGCGCUUGUUCUCCGCUACAUUGCCGAGAUCGUGGCCGUCGUCUACUGCGCGUACAUUGUGUUCCGGUACGUGGGCCCGCAGUUUGAAAAAGCGGCCAACGCGCCGUUUGCCUACAAGCCGUUUGUACUCUCGGUCUUCUCGUCGAUGAUGCCCGCCAUGCUGCUGUACAUCAUGGCCUUCUGGGGCUUGCUCCAUGCCUGGCUCAACGCCUGGGCCGAAAUCACCCGUUUUGCCGACCGCCGCUUCUACUCGGACUGGUGGAACGCCACCUCGUGGGGCUCGUUUUAUCGCCGGUGGAACUCGGUCGUCCACCUUUGGGUCCGCGCCUACCUCUACUCGGACUCGAUGGAGUUCCUCGGCCUGGGCCGCGGUGCCGCCCAGCUGUUUGCCUUUUUUGUCUCGGCCGUCCUGCACGAGUACAUCAUCGCCGCCGCCCUCGGCUUUGUCUAUCCGGUCCUGCUGCUGAUGUUUGGCGGGCCGGGCGUCAUCUUUAUCACUCUUACCGCCAACAAGGCCUCGUACUGGAAUCUGUUCCUCUGGCUCAUGCUUGCGCUCGGCAACGGCCUGCUGAUGGUUCUGUACACCCGCGAGUGGUACGCCAUCCGCUCCUCGUGCGUUGUCCCUCUCUUUGGCCCCGAUCAGUGGAUUGCACUGGCGUCGCCGCUGGCGCCGCUGCGCAGCACCUGCCCAAAUGAUCGUGCCUACGUCGUCCAGUGCUUCCGGCAUGUCCGGCCUGGCCACUACAGCCCCCUUGGUGCUGCUUCGGGUUGUGGUGGGGCUCUGGCUGUGACGGUGGUUGUGACUGCGGCUGCGGCUGGCGAGAAUAGGGAGCUGCUGUAUGCUCCGCCGACACCGACAGAGGAGCUGGGACACAAGCUAGAGGCUGCAUUGUUGUAUCAGAAUGGCGGCAAGGUGAAGCUUGCGGUGGAAACAUACCUGGCGGCGCGAUCGCAGUGGUUGGAGCUGGUGGAUGCAGAGGACGAGCUGCCACUGGUGGACAUCUACUUUAUGUGCGCCCUGGGCUCGGUCUACGAGUCUGAGGAGCAGGAUCGGGUUGCGCUGUUGCAGUUCCAGGAUGCUCGCCAGCUCGCUGAGGAGCUCCCACCGGGACAUCCGGUCCGCGCCCUCACAUGGUCGUUUGUUGGGGGUGUGUACACCCACAUGGGCGAGUUCCGGCUUGCGCUGGAGACCUUCCGCAAGGCCCGCGCCAUCCGGCUCAUCACCAUGCCCGAGGAUCACGUUGACGUGGCGCUCCUCGACAACAACAUUGCGGUCUGCCUCGACUCGAUGGGCCGCUCCAAGGAGGCGCUGGCCAUGUUUAAGGCUGCCCGCGACGUCUUUGCUGCCCAACUCGGACCCGAUCAUCCGCGCCACUACACGGCCUCGCGCAACGCCGUCAAGUGCCAUCACCGCAUCUUCUCCGACUUUCAGCCGGUCGUGCCGGAUGUUGCGGCCUCGGCUGUCUACGAUCCGACUGCCACCAAGAAGAAGCGCCGCAAGAAGAAGACCGAAGGCGCCACCAACCAACGUCGCCGCUAG